AUGUUGCCUAAAAAUACAUCUGUGUGGUGGCUCAGUUUGUACCAGUACGAUUUAGAAACCCACACCACAAGACAGCAGUACAAAAGAAAGGACUGUCCUAUAAAAUAUAAAACGGAUUUUCACAUUAUAUUAUGUAAUGUAAAAUUGUGCGAAAACUACAGGGGAAUAUCAGUAACAACCACCGUGAGUAGAAUAUAUGGAAAAAUUGUGAGAAAUAGAAUCGAAAACGAAUACCAAGAAAUAGAAGCCGAAGAACAAGCAGGAUUUAGAGCCGGAAGAUCGACGGUGGACCACUUAUUUACAGUCACUCAAGUCACAAGUAAAAAGAGCAAUCUAAACCAAGAGCUACAUCUUGUGUUCGUGGACCUGCAGAAGGCACACGACAGCGUUCCCCUUGUGAGACUUUUGGAAGCUAUGGAAAAUACCAGUAUAAACGUGGAGCUAAUAAAAGCAGUAAAAUCAUAUAAUCAAACAAAAAUAAAAAUAAAAGUCGGCAAAAAGUUAACAACAGGAUUUAAUAGAACCAAAUCUGAAACAAGAGUGCUGUAUAUCACCAACACUGUUCAAGAUCUAUCUCGAACAAGUUCUCAAAGGUUGGAAGCAAAAAUGUAG